CUUCCUUUCUUUUUUCCCAUCCUUUCUUUAAUACCCAAUUCGCUUUCAAAAUGUCUUUCGGAAAGCUUUACGGUCUCCCCGAGAACGGGCGCACCCUCUCCAUCCUGGUCGCUGCCAAGCACAACGACCUGGACAUUGAGCUUGUUCAGACCCAGCCCAAUGCCUCUGCCAACGCCAGCGCUGAGUACCGCAAGGUCCAGCCCCUUGGCAAGAUCCCUGCUUUCGAGGGUGCCAACGGCUUCAACCUGUCCGAGGUUAUUGCCAUCGCCAUCUAUGUGACCUCCCAGAACGAGAAGACCACCCUCCUUGGCAAGACCAAGCAGGACUACGCUUCCAUCGUCCGCUGGAUGUCCUUCGCCAACGGCGAGGCCCUCCCCCGCCUUGCUGCCUGGUACCGCCCCCUCAUGGGCUUCGAGGGCUACAACAAGAAGGUUGUUGAUGAGGCCUCCAAGGCUGCCCACAACACCCUUGCCGUUCUCGAGAACCACCUCACCGAGAACACCUACCUUGUUGGCGAGCGCAUCACCCUUGCUGAUCUCUUCACUGCUGCUCUCCUGACCCGUGCUUUCGCCACUGUUCUUGACAAGAAGUACCGCGAGGAGAACGUUGCUUUCACCCGCUGGUACAACACCAUCAUUAACCAGGCCGCUUUCAAGGCUGUCUUCCCCGAGCCCAAGUUCGCUGAGGAGUGCAUUAAGUACACUCCCCCCAAGAAGGAGGAGAAGCCCAAGCCUGCCCCCGCUGCCGCCGCUGAGGAGGACAAGCCCGCUGAGGCCCCCAAGGCCAAGCACCCCCUUGAGGCUCUUGGCAAGCCUACCCUCGUUCUUGACGAGUGGAAGCGCCAGUACUCCAACAACGACACCCGCGAGGUUGCCAUGCCCUGGUUCUGGCAGAACUUCAACUCCGAGGAGUACUCCCUCUGGAAGGUUGACUACAAGUACAACAACGAGCUUAAGCUCACCUUCAUGGCCAACAACCUGAUCGGUGGUUUCCAGGCCCGUCUUGAGGCUUCCCGCAAGUACCUCUUCGGUUGCCAGGGUGUCUACGGUGUCAACUACGCCUGUGUCGUUAAGGGUGUCUACAUGGUCCGCGGCCAGGAGUGGGAGCCUGCUUUCACUGUCGGCCCCGACUGGGAGGGUUACGAGUACACCAAGCUCGACCCCACCUCCGAGGCUGACCGCAAGUACGUCGAGGACAUCUGGGCCUGGGAUGCCCCCGUCGUCGUUGACGGCAAGACCCUCGAGAUGGCUGACGGCCACGUCUUCAAAUAAGCGGAUCGCUCAUAGCGUUCGCACUUUUCUUUCCCCUAUCCUUGGCCAUCCCCGAAAUACCCCAGAGAAUGUGAGAUUUGGCCCACCCUCACGUCAUUUAUCCGCUUCUCUUUUCUCUCUCCCCAUUUAUUAAAACUCCCCGCGUCUGAUCUGAUGUGGUUUCGCCGGAGUUGCAAAAUUCUUUUUACGCGCCGAUGUGGUUCAUGUUCACGGUUAUGACGUUGUGAUGCGAGAUGAUUGACUCGCUCUUUGGUGUUAUACACCAGAGUAGCGUUGUCACUGCUAGUUACUGUCUAGCAAUGGAAUAAAGGAGUCAAGACUGUGUCUUGAUGAGCUUAUUGCUAA